GGCUCUACAUGCGGCCAACCUACUCCCCCUUAUGGUUCAACAAUCAUCCACGCACUACAGCAAAAUCAACAUAACAGUGGAAGCGUGGUACUGUUUGGUUGCAAAGAAGGUUUCUAUCUCGUCGGAAUGCCUAUAAUAAGAUGCACCGGAAGUACUUGGACAACAAUAAAGUUCCGCUGUUUAGGUGAGUCUUACGAUUUUUUAUAUUCAGUUAAAUCAGGCUUCAUUUGUCGGUAGAAGAAUGUCUGGCUGUUGCUUUUUUUAUGCAUAUGCAAUUCACUUGUCUAAAUUUAGACCAGUCUUGGUCACGGUUGUCAUUUGUAGGCGGGAUCAGCGCCAGCUAGCCCGUACACACUAGAAGUUGCAUCAUAUUAACAUGUAGUCACGUGAUUUCUCGUUUAAUUUGGGAUAAAUGAGCACUCAUAAAGUUUUCAAAGACUACAUAUUUAGUUAGUCUGAAAUUACUUGUGCCCAUUUAUCCCAAAUUACACUCGAAACCAUGUAAUUACUAAUAUAUAAUUUCAAACCUGAAAUUUUAAAAUUACUAUGGAAACGUUGUGUUAUCCCUCAAUGCCAGACCAAGGAGCUUUGCCCGUUUCAACCCAAGGUGUUCAGGUUUUUAUUGAAAUAUGCAUUACAUAAUCGCCACUGCAUGCAACCACUUUUUAACGAGGUGUAAGUAUAACUGAAGUUCAUAGGUCACCUAGCAAUAGCGAACAAACUGUAGUUUUUUUUAUUCAGUUGUCUGAUGUGAAAAGUCAAUUUAACUGACGGUCAUUUGUUACAGGUCUAACAAAUUGCAAUGGAUCAGUUUAUUACGAUUUGGGACAUGUGAAACAAAGUAUGAUGAUUAUAUGGCGCACCGCGUACGAAAUAAACCUUUGAAAUCAUAUUUAUUUGGUGUAUAUUUUCGUGUUACCAGGGUUUUGUCCAGAGAUUAGAAACAUUUUAAAUGGUCAAGUGGUUCACGUCACUCCAAAAGUUGGCCAGGCUGCUAUGCGGUUUCACUGCAAUAAAACUCAUCGUCUCAUUGGAAAGCCUCGACUGGAAUGCAUCAAUGGCAGAUGGAAUGGAACAUUACCCUUUUGCCAAAGUGAGUUAGAAAUAGGGGAACGCAAAGUAUAUUACUAAAGCCAACUCCCAAAUCGUUUCCACGCAAAGAAAUUAAUGAAAUUUACUUUGCGUUUCUUAUCAUGUUGGUAAAAAUACAUCUAUAGUGGAUGUAGGACCAUAUUCUGCAGAUAACACUGAUAGCCGUUUGGGUUGAAGAAAAUUGAGGAACAUACAACCUCUCUGUUUGCAAAAUUGAAUUUAGUUAAAUUAGAUUUACAUAUUAAGUAAUUGAACUCCUUUCAUGCACAGUAUUGCUUUGUUUCCCUUUUAAAUUACUUCUAUCUCUAUUUUCUACUUUUUUUAACUUCAACCUUUUUUUACGCACUUGCCAACAGGUUGCUAUAUUUCCAAACCCCUCGAGUAUUUGCACUCUCGGUACCAGUGCUUUUUUUUUAUUAUUUAGGCCAAGCGAAUACUAAACAAACAACAAUCAGAUCAGAUAGUAAGGAGUGAGAAAAAUGUUACCUUUACCAUAUUGACUAGUGAAUGUCAAAUAGUUGAAUAGUUGAGACAUAUAAUGGCAAUAAAAAAGAAACGUCUUUAACCGUUCAUUAUCAGUAUUCUCAGGAUCACUGAGAUGUUUAGGAGACUGACUGAGUUGGAUUUUGUUUUUUUGUUUUAUUUUAUUUAUUUAUUUCUUACAUACUUUUCUCCUUUGUUUAGAACUGAAGUCAUGUGCUCCUCUUUUGACUCCUGCUAAUGGAACUUUGCAUGGAAGUGACACUUCUCACGGGGCAAAAGCCUCAUUUUCAUGUUUAACUGGGUUUGAUUUAUUUGGUUCACCGACACUAACGUGCAGCAAUGGAGUCUGGAAUGCAGUUACUCCGACAUGUAAAGGUAGCAUAGCGAAUUAUCUUAAAUAUUAUUUACUGCUAGGUUUUAAUUCUCUAAUAAUAUUUACCGAGCUGCAAAGCAGUGAGGUAAACUGCCACCACUAGCCACCGACACCGAGGUGAAUAAUUGUUUUAGUAUAAAACAGUGAGAUAAUUAAGCACAAAAAUGAUGAUUUUUAACUCAAAUGCUGUUGCCAACGAUUACAAUUUUGGCGCGCAAUGACCGAACGGCGGCGGCCGUCGCUUUUUCUUGCAUUUGUUUAGUUCUUGCGGGGAAGUUUCUUCGAAAGGAGUUGUGAAUUCUUUUUGUAUUUAAAAUCAUUCUAUAAAAAAGAUUAUUAAAUUUAGUUUUAAGCUUUUUAUGAACAAGUCAACUAAAUAAAGUAACGCAAGCUAGACUUAACCUUAUUUUGUAUUUGUAAACAAAAAAACUUUUUCGCCGGUUUUAUUGAUAAAUUGGAGUCAAAAAGACAGAGCUUUAAAACUUCCAAACCGAACUUCGCCACCUUCUUCCUGUAUUUGAGGAACAGCUUGCUUGAUUAGUUGUGGAAUUUCUUUGUUUAUUACAGCAGCAAACGGGGAAGGCAUUUUGCUCGCAACUUGAGCGAGUUUGGCGUCGCUCGCUCGGAGGAACUGGAGGUGAAUCAGUGAAUAGUGCGGGAUAUUCACUAUCCACUGUUUUAGUAUAUACUAAAAGUAAAUAUUGUAACUAAAAUCAUGCAAAGUGCUUAUUUAUGUGUUAUUUGUCAUGUAAAGCACAAAAAAGUUAGCAUUCCUCGCGGUUUCAACCUGAUAUCUAAUUCUUAGUAAAAUCCAAGAUGGCGGCCAAUAUGGCGACCAUUGUUGGUGACGUCACAGGCCUCCAGCAACGCCACCCCCAUAAAAUAUACUUCAUCUCGUUAAGAAGAUCAAAGGCUUUCCACUUAGGGUAAAAUCGUUUCAAAAUACUGCAACAUAUCAAAAACUCCGGGGAGGGGUUCCAUUCACCGCCCUCCCCCCCCCUGUACCACGGUGGGGAUAUGAAUUUGCGUGUACAUCCGAGGGUUAAAAGACAUCUUUUAAGUAACGCCUUUUCUUACUUAAGUUUAUUCUAGAAUCAGUUAGGAUCGUGGGCGGGCUCUAGCGUCUCACAGUUGCAUUUUGGUCACUCCCUUUUUUAAUCCCUUGAAGGUUAUUUUUAUCUUCCACCAUUUCUUCACCUUGCCUCGUAUUUGCAGAUGUUUUAAGUCAUUGUUUAUCCAUUUAUAUUGCUUUGAGGCAUCUUGCGUCCUUCUCGAGUUCAAGUCUUUUCUAUGUUUCGCACACUCCUUAUUUUUACCCGACUCCCUGCAACGCCCUUCGCUCCAGGCCACUGAUAACAAGUGGUAUUGGAACCUCUGUAUUAUAGAACACGGACACACAUUUUAAGAUUUGUUAAUGAGUGCAUUGCAAAUAGAGUUCCCAGAUACCUUUUUAAUUAUUUUAAAGUAAGAAACCGUGACAUUCACCGCCACAAAACUAGAAAUAAUAAUGACCUUAUUAAAAAAAGUUAACUUAGAAUGCACUAAGGGCGCUUUUUUAAAAAAAAGGUGCAAUUUUUUUUAUUAAUUCUUAGAAUUUACAACUGUUCGAAUCUUCCUUUUAAUGUAAAUAUUUUUUUAUUAUUGUAAUUUGUUUUUUAUCCAUAUCUUUAAUCUUCUUUUCCAUUUUUUUUUCUUGUAAUGUUUUUACAGGACCUGCAUUCAUAGCAGUUUUUUCUUAAAACUGAUGCAGCAAUCCUGUAUAAAUAUGUUUAAAUUAUUAUUAUUAUUAUUAUUAUUAUUAUUUUUAUUAUUAUUGAUAUUAUUAUUGUAAACUAUUAAAAUACUAUUUACAAUUAAUUAACUUAAAAAAAGCUAUUUCGUCAAAACACUGUUUACAAUUCCUUUCGUUAAAAAAGCAGUUAGUUUUGAUUAAAAGAAGAUCAUUUCAUUAAACAAAAAUUAUUUAAAUUAAGAACAUUUCAUUUCAAUUAAAACAAUUCAUUUCGAUGAAAAAAAGAAGAAACUAUUUUCAAUGUCAAUUGCAUUCUUACUAAGAUAAUCAUUAAUUAUUAUUAUUAUUAUUAUUAUUAUUAUUAUUAUCUGACUUUUGUAUUUGAAUGCCCAUGUUAUAUGACAAAGGAAGUUACAUAAAAAUAAUUAGUAUAUACACACUUAGUGAUCUUGGUGAUUUAAGCAAUCUGAUUGGUUCGCUAUCUCGGACUAUUCAACAAUAUUCACCUCCUAGCGAGUGGAUAAUGUGUGAGCUCGGCGUUUUUUAGAGAACGAUAUUUUAAAAGUCGACAGAAUCCUAGGGCUGACUUUUUUUAAGGCAAGAAAAGACUUGGAAGGAUUCAAUACGGCGUUUUUCAAUUUACUGUCGCUGAGUUUUGUGCUCAAUGGAUUGUUUACAACUCCUGUGUAUUCGCGUAGAAGAAGCCGUUUCGUGAACUCAGCGUUUUCUAACAAGAAAAUUUUGGCUCAAAAUCGAAGUUUAUUUAUGACAAACAAAUUUAAAAGGAAAUUCUAUGUUUCAAGUAAACAGGAAAAAGAAUGAUACGGGAAGACGACGUCUUACCUCGAGCAACCGAGCAGCCAUUUUUGUCAGCACUUCAUGCGAAGAACGACACAACAAACGCUUUUGACUAUAAACUUGACGAGUCAACAGAAAACAACAAAGCUCUACUUUUCUUCUCAGGUAAGGAAACAGUUCCAACUUUGAGCAGUUCCAUUUAAGCCAUUAGGCUGUUGUUUGCAAAAUGAUAAACUUGUAAAUUGCCAUGUUUGGAAAUUCUGCAAAGAUCUAUUUUUAAACUUACGCGUGAUUUGAUCUGUCAAUCAAAUCGUACUUUUUAAUGGUUUUCUCUCUGAUUUUGUUGAGAUCACUUCUUAUGUAUAUACUAAAACAAUUAUUCUUUUCAAUCUCGGUGAUUAGUGGCUUUGGGAAUAUCUAUACCUCGAUUUCAAAGAAUAAUUGUUAAUUAUAAACUAUAACGUUGUUCGUUGCCGUACAUUUCCUAGCCCAAUGCCAGAAAAUAACAGAUCCUUUAAAUGGCCGGAAGUAUGGUACACGAUUUUCACAUGGUGCAAUAGCGUCCUUUGAGUGCAAUGUAGGGUAUGAACUGGUUGGAAGUCGUUCACUAUUGUGCGUAGUUGGCAAAUGGAAUGCCUCUCUACCAGUGUGCAACGGUAAGACUGAAAGAAACUACCGCAUCCCUCGAGUAUAAAUAACCCUUAUUAUGCACUCUUUAAUAAAUGAACAGUUGGGAAAUAGAUAGAAACUAUGUGUCACAGCGAUAUAGCUUGGGGAGAUCCUAUACUAAUUUGGGGUUCAGAGAUGGUUACUGGAAUCAUGGGUAACUGUACUGCCUGAAUAUGCACCCAUUUUCUCAGCAUACAGAGACGGUGGAUAUUUCUGCUUGAGAACUGAAUAUAAAUCAUAUAUUGCGCUCAUAGAUAGCUUAGCACUUCCUCUUAAUGCUAGGCACUCAGCUUUUGGUGGGAGGAUUCUGGGAAGUGACAAGUUUAUUACUCUUUGUUGAGCUACUUACUCUUUCCUUUCUUUUCUUUUUAAAAUAACCCAUUUUUUUAUUCAGGUCAGGUCAUUACCUCUUUGAACAUUUGUAAAAUAAUUAAGCUAUUUAGAAUAGUAUCUAUUAUCUUUGUGCAUUGUAUAUGUUUUCUUUUUCAUGUGGUUAAUAAAUAAAGUUUUGUAUAAACUGGGCAGAUGCUCUGCCUUCCGUAGAGAUAUCCCGGUGUAUGGCCCUAUAACUAUAGAAUAAGGGAAUCAAAUACCCGUUCAGAACUAGAGGAGGUGAAAUCUAUUUCAUGUGAUUUGUAACGGUAAAGCAUUAACUAAUUUGUAGGAAUAAUGUUGCCAGCAUUCAGAAUUAUCAGCGGAUUGUGAAAUUAAUAAUUACAGUAACAAACAAAUGUAACUAAACCCACGAGUAUUUCUUUUAAAUCCAAUUUGUAGCAAUGCUCUGCCCCAGACCUUCCAUUCCUCCAAACUCCUAUAUAAUUUAUCCUGGAAUAAAAGACAACUAUGUUCAUGGCAUUAAACUCUUCCUUGGCUGUCGCAAUGGAUAUUAUCUCACAGGAUCCUCAAUAAUGGACUGCAAUCAGACUGUAUGGAGUAAAGUGGAAUUCAGAUGCAUCGGUGCGUAUGUAUGGUCGUCGCUAAUAUAUAGAUUUAGCCACAGCUAAAAGCGAAGCUCCCAUUGAUAAAUUUAUAACUUAAAUCAAACAAUAAUUUUGUAUUCCACAAAUCAGUUAACUUAAGGGCACAUUCAUGUGACUUUUGAGGGAAAAGCUAAGUGAUUUGGAGUGAAACAAAUCUUGUAUCGAGUUGAUAUAGCCUCAUAUAUGUACCCCCAAAAAUAGUCUUCGGUCACAUUUAAGAGCAAUAAUGGCUCUUGAUCACAAUAGAUAAGGCGUGGGAAACAAAUUCUUGGAAAACAAAUCAGGCCGAUUUUUUUGCGCUCGACAAGUUUACAAAUUCUUGCCAAUAAAUCUGGGUGCGUGCAAACCAUUUUUUUAUAUAUACACCUGAUCCGAGGAGAAAGAGUACUAUGAGGCGCUGUUUUUAUCAUAUAGACCUCGGUACAAAAUGCGGUAUUUCACAAUUUUUCAAGACAAAUUGCAUUCAUUCAAUACUCAGGACCAUCGAAGCACGCGUGGACUUUUAAUUAGCGAAACCGUUCAAAAAAUGUCAAAUCUUAAUACAAACUUGCAUAAACUAGCUUCAUAAACUGCGCCGCUGGAGUUCAUGAAAUUAGAUAUAAAUACGAUAAUCAUUCAGGCUUACCAUAUUUCGAGAUGCAGCUCCUGAAAGCUAUCAUGUAAGGCAAGGAGCGCUUAAGCCUUCAUAAUUCUCGUACGCAUCCAACAAGGUGAAAAACAAAAACGAUGCCAUCCGAAAUCGGAUUAUGGGCUUUGACAAGCGACGCAUUUCUCAACCAAAAACCCAAUAAACAAACCAGCCACGAAUAAGAGAACACUCUUGAUCUUGAUAACAGCUGUAUUUCAUUUUUUACAUCCAGUGGAAAAAGACAGUUAAAAACAUCACAAGUCGACUCAAGAUGCUGCAUAAAUUUUACGCAUGAACUCACCCGUCAAAUUUAAACCAAGCAAAGCAUAAAAAUUGGACGUGGAGCGUGACCAACACGUGACUAUGGUUAGAAAAGGUCUUUCCCGCCUGUAUUUAAAAAAAAAACUGGCUGAAUUUUUGCGUCUGAGGUAAGUUUGAAAUCAAAAUCGUAAUAGUGCGGGGCGAUACUGACAUAAACACAACAUAUUUGAUAUGAAUUUUAAAAAAGUAAACGUGAGCCUGCGAUCAUUUGAAAACGAGUAAAUUGUCAGCGGAUAAUUUAAAAAAUACUCGACCUUAAUGGGUCAACAACUGAGCCCGCGAUACGGUCAGGUGAUGCCGGUCAGCGGAUACCCUGUUUUGACAGCUGUCAAUUAAUGACCACAUUGAUGUGCAAUCAGCUUUCUCCUGGGCUCCCAAAGUAGCUAGAAAGUGUGAGAGUAAACAUUGGUAUGUCUGUGGUGCGGACGGACGGGCAGCGGGCGGUGUACGGUCACGUGAUUACCUAAUUUUCUCGGAUGGGUAGAUUUACUUACCCAUGGUGCUCCGCAGGCGCGCUUCGCGCGCCAGAACUCCGCUAUUAGUGAACCAAUCGGAAAGUGAACCCAUUUUGUAUUAAAAACAACUAAAAAUUCGAAUAUUUGGUUUGAAUUGCUGUAACGUCAUCUGAUAUAAAGGGAAUGAGGUUUAUAUUUUUUUGCGGUAGAAGGGCUAAAUAAUGACUUUUAUCGAGUAUAGAGCAUUUUCCUAUGGCGUCACGGCAACCAAUGCAAGGAAACGGCGGCCACUGGUGUUCCAAACAAAUCCCGUGAGAGUUAAACUCUUUUCUUCCGUAAACGCUUUUCUUUGUUCUAUUGAAAAAUCUUUCACACUUCUAUGAAAAAAAAAGAAAAGGAAAAACAAUGGAAAAAGAAAAAAAAAGGUAGCAACUUGAGAUCUAGCUAGAGAAAUUGUACUUAAUUUGUACAAAAUUGUCCUCACAAGCCUCGACUUUAUUCCAUUGUAUGUGCUCACUGGAACACGUUGAUACAAAACUUGGCUAUCCUCUAAUAACAGCCCUGAUUUUUAAGCCGUUAUAGCGAAUACAUUAGCCGGAAUAUGCAGAGAUGAUAAAAGUCGUGUUAACAAACCCGGCACCAAGAAAAUGUUAUACAUGAAAGCACCGGAAUAUUGUAUACCACCGGUAACCUGGCCAGAAAGCCGUGAGUGGCUGAUGAUAGCUCAAUAUUUAUAGUAAAGUUUCAAUCCAGUACAGAAUCAAUAUUAAAAGAAUGAAAAUCUUGCAUGCGAGGAAAUCCUUGUGAUAAGCAAAAAAUGUUUCUAACAUGGUACACUUGGUACACUCCCAUAAAACGCCCCCUACCUCAUUCAUUAAUUGUUCUUUCCUUCCCCUCCCCCCCCCCCCAAUAAAAAAGUUACAAAUAUCACUGUCACAAGGGUGAGGGGGAGAGAGGUAAAGAAAUAAAUAAAAAGUAUUUGAAACAGUUUAAGAUACGAGGGUAUCCAUAAACAUCUUGGCAAAGGAAAGGGAGAAAUAAGCUAAGAAUUUUAUAGAUUCAGAUUUCGCAGUUAAAAGGUUUUUCUAUUGUUAAAUGUGUGUUGUUCUCGUAGCUGAGUGCCCUGUCCUUGGUCAACUAAAGAAUGGCAUCAUUACGCUCGUUACGUUGAGGAAUGGCGGUGAGGUUGAAAUAAAGUGCCUUACUAACUACACUUUAGAUGGAUCAUCUAAAAUUUUCUGCAGAAAUGGGAAAUGGAGUGACAGUUUACCGAUUUGUGGAGGUUUGUGUUUCUAUUCUUACUAUAACUGGCUUCCACGUUACUCGUAUGUUAAUUUUUAGUUUCCAUGACGCAGAUAUUUGCAUUCCAACAAUCUGACAAUAUUUAGCAUUUGCCUCUUUUUUUAGAAUCCGUUGCAACAUAGGCAAUGAUCAGAGCCCAUUAACUAAGGUUAAUUCCACUGAUGCCUAAGUUUUAUUUUUUUAAAUUAAUCCCCCCCCCCCCCAGGUAGGUUACCCUGGGGCGUAAGGAAAUGUAUCCUCCUACGAAAGUUUAAUACAUCUAGCUUAACUUAUAAAUUUAUGAUUAAUGGAAUAAACUGAAAAGUGAACAAAUUCUUUAGGUAUUCGCUGUUUUUGAGAGUGAGGGCUUAGUCAUUGUUUACUUGUACCAUAGCACCAUGCAGUGAGCCAGUAACACCACAACAUGGCCGGAGAUUAGGAAGAGAUUUUAUGCAUGGACACUCUUUGAGAUUUUACUGUAAUAGAGGAUACCACAGGGUUGGUACAUCAUCAAUUACAUGCAACGAUGGCAAGUGGGAUAAGCAGCUCCCUCUAUGCAAAGGUGAAAAUUAUCUUAUUGACUUGAGUAUACUCUUAUCUAUUAAUUUUGUGCUUAAAAAUGCGACGAGAUAAGUUAUCCGCCGUCGUUUUAGACCUCCUUUCCUUCGACUGUCUCAAGACAGGAUUUAAUUAUUUUUUUAAUAAUUUAUUUAUUAAACAUCAUUUAACAUAGCAUUACAAUAAACUUUACAAUAACAGGGCGGCAAAUAAAAAUGAGGCGGAACAGUAAAAUAAAUAAAUAAAUAAACAAACAAACAAGCAAAAUAAAGCGAAAUACGAAGGUUCAACAGAUUAACGACAACAAGCAGAACAAAUAGAAAAAUGUUUGCUAAAUUACUAUAAAUCCAACACUAAUCAGAAAUGCACAGCGUGGUCCACUUAUUUCUGUAUUUGUUAAGAUUUCCUUUUGUUAUUGCAAUUUCUCUUUCGCACUGGAUUUUAAUUUCCAGGAGAGCAAUGAGAACUUCCAGCUCUGGGGUCUCAAACUUGUUUCUAGCUAAGUAAACAUAAUAUAUAGCAAUUAAGAGAUAAUGGUUAAAAGUAUGAAAGCUGUUAGAUUCAGGUUUGUAUCCAUAAAGAAGUUCCCUUGGAUUGGGAUUUGAGUUUUCAGAACGUUUACGAUUCCACCAAACUAUGACUUUUUCCCAAAAACUUUUUACCGCAGGACACUCGUAAAACAUAUGGCUAAUAGUUUCACAAGGAGCAUCACAUUGUUCGCAUUUUGGCGAAGAUUUAACAUUCAUUUUCCAAAGGCGUUGGUUGGUCGAAAGAAUAUUGUGGAUGAGUUUGAACUUCUUAGCUUAUUUUCAAUGGUGAUUUUGAAUGGAAGCUCAUGUACGACACUAGGAGUGAAUGUUUGUUCUCUUAAAUAGGAUUCAGUUAAUGGAGGGCAGAAAGAUUUCUCAGCAAACAUUAGUCGAGCAUAUUUUGCUGAAACAUUUCCAACGGUUAGUUGUGUCACCUUUGGUUCGUUGGUGUGUUCCUGAUUGCCAUGUAAGAUAGCGUUUUUCCAAUCUUUAGGAAUCGCGGCCAGAAGACCACCGUAAUCAAGAAAGGUACCACGAAUGUGAAAAGUAUCUUUAAGCUCUUGGAAAGAUAGGAAGUUAUCGUGAGCAUUGAGGAUAUCUUUGAUUCUUAAAAUGCCUUUACUAACCCAUGCUUUAUAAAAAAACCGUCUUUCCUCCGAUCUUAAUAAAGCGCUUAUUCCAAAGUAUUUCCUCUUUAAUUUCAUUAACACUAAGGGGUACCUUGCAGUGAAGGAUCUGCCAGACCGUCAAAAUGUUCCUAUAAAAGAGGGGGAUACCUUCUAGAUCUAAGAAUUUCAAAUCGUAAUUACACUGAAACAAAAAAGAGCUUUCGAAUUUUUCAAGAUGAGAGCCAAGAAGCGCACACCAAUGAUGACCAUCCGAUGCACAAUAGCGAUUUACCCAGGCAGCUUUAAGAGAUUUUUCUACGCCCGCGAAAUUGACCAUGCUAAGGCCACCUUUGGAGAUUGGGCCUGUCAGUGUGCUUCUUUUGAUUUUAUCAGGCUUAAAGUACCAUAUGAAAGGGAAAAUGACCUUAUUAACUUCUUUAGCAAAAUCGGUCGGAGUAUCAAGUACAGAGCAAUUACAAACAAGUUUAGACAGUGCUAAUGUUUUGACAAUAGCAAUUCGCCCCAGGAUUUACAAGCGCCGACCUGACCAAAGAUUUAACACCUUUUUCAUUUUAACAAGCCGUUCAUCAAAGUUGAUUUUCUCGCCAACGUGUGUUUCAUAAGCGAAAACUAGGCCGAGGGAGGAGACGUAUUGCUUCGGCCAAGAGAUUCCAUAAGGCUCGUCUUUACCUAAUCUGUUUUUCCACAAUCCCAGCCACAACCUUUCAGUUUUCGACUUAUUUAUUCUCCGACCGGAGAGCGUACUGAAUCGAUCAAGCAAAGCAAAAAGGGCUACUGCAGACGAGUCGUCGUGAAUAAAAGUAGUGGUAUCAUCGGCAUAUAAGCUGACUUUAGAUUCUUUGUUUCCGUUCUUAAGACCUUUGAUCGAUUUGCUUGUUCUGAUCUGAAUAGCAAGAGGCUCUACGGAAAGAAUAAAAAGCAUCCCGGAAAGCGGGAACCCUUGUCUCACUCCCCUUUUUAGGGGAAUGAAUUCCGAAGCAUGUCCAUUGUUUACAACGCAGCUAGAGAUAUUAUGAUAAAAUGUGUGGACCCAGUUACGAAAACUUGAGCCAAACUUCAUUUCCUCUAACACCCGGAAGAGAAAGUCCCAUUCUAACGAGUCAAACGCUUUUUCAAAAUCCAGAAGAAAAUCAUUACUUGGUCAUUUUCAUGUUGUGCGAUAAUAUCAGAAAUAAGACGGAUGUUUUCGCCAGUGAAUCUGCCCUUAAUGUAUCCUGUUUGAUUACUUCCUAUAAGGAGCGGAAGAACUUUCUCCAGCCGUUUAGCAAUGCAUUUAGUAGCAAUUUUGUAAUCUGUAUUUAAAAGCGAAAUGGGGCGCCAAUUCUUAAGAGACAAUAGGUCCUUGUCCUUUUUUGGCAUUAGCGAAAUAAUUCCUUGUCUCUGAGAGAUGGAAAUUCUCCUUGUAGAGCCCCGUGAUUAAGACAGUCAAUCAAAGGGCAAGAAAUCUCCUUCCAAAAACAGAGAUAGAAUUCCGCUGUUAGACCGUCUGUUCCGGGGGUCUUGUUACGUUGAAACGCUUUAAUGGCAGAAAAGCAUUCUUCUUCAGUAAUCAAACCCUCACAAAGGUUUUGUGAAACAUCGUCUAGUCUUGGUAAAGGUCCAGAAUUAAGAAAGUCUGAUAGCUGGUCAGGGGAGGUUUGGCCUUGGGAAGUAUAUAAUUGUUGGUAGUAAUACUUCAUUUCAUUCAAGAUAAUUUUAGAGUCUUCUAUUGUAGAGCCUGCUGAGGAUUUCAAUUUUUUUAUGUCUUUUGUUGUAACUUCUUUUCGAAAGAUUGAGAAAAUAUUUAUUACAUUUUUCUCCUGAUUCAUACCAUCGAGCUCGGCUUCUGACAAUACAACCUCUGGUUUUCUCCUCGGCCAUUUGAUCUAAUUUAAUUUUUAUCUUUUUUGCCUCGUUCGCUAGAUGACUUCCUUCUGGAGCAGCAUCAAUACGAGCAUUUAGAUCUUGGAGUUUUCGGAGAAGUUCGAAUUCCAUAUCUCUUUUUUCCUUAGCUUUUCUUUUAGCAAAUCGAAUGGAGAAGAUCCUUAUUUCCAUUUUUAUCAUUUCCCAAAAAAGCCUUUUGUCAGUAACUUCCCUGUACUUUUCUUUAGCAUUUAGGAUUAAAAACUUCAAUUUUGUAACGAAUUCUUCAUUCUCAAGCAGAGAAUUAUUAAACUUCCAAAACCCUGGUGCUCUAGGCCUUGAUCUUCUGGUGUCAACGAGAUGGUGACAGGCGAGUGAUCUGAGUCAUAAUAAGCGCUGAUAUCCGUUUCAGCAACGCGUGUCAGUAAUUGUUUCGAAAUUAGUCAGAAAUCUAGUCGACAUUUAAUCUUUCCUAGGUCAUUUGCCCAAGAAUAACGCUUCUUAUUCGGGUGUUGAGUUCUCCAGACGUCGACUAAGUCAAACCUGUUACAAAGUUCCCCGAUUGCUUGGAUGGUCCUUUUCUUAUGGAGUAUGUCCCUACCACCUACUUUAUCGACCUCUGUCAAAGGACAGUUAAAGUCACCGCCUAGCAAAAUGUUGUUAGUACUACUACGGCGAAUGGGAUCGAUGAUUUUAUCAAAAAAGUUAAUUUGCUGGUUUUGGUCAUUGGGAGCAUAAAUAUUAACUAGGUAGACACAAAUUAUCUUCAUUAAUAUUUAUGUUCGCGACGAGAAAACGUCCAUUUUUGUCCACAGUGAUUUCCAGAAUAUCAACGUUCAGGGAAGGGUUAAACAAUAUCAUUACGCCCUUACUGUGUUUGGAACAGUGCGCAAACAGGAUUUCACCACCCCAUUCUGCCCGUCACACAUCCUCCAAGCUAUUGUAGCAUCGCUAUAGGUUUCUUGUAAGAAAAUUAUAUCGAAUCUAUUCAGAUGGAGCCACCGAAAGAGCUUCCUCCGUUUAAUUGAUUUAUUGAGGCCCCUUAUAUUCAGCGAAACCGCCUUAAGGCACUUUUGUUUCUGGUAUCUUUAGGCAUUCGUUUUCGGGUUGAUAUGUGUUCCAGACUGUGCAAAUCAUGAUAGUGUUUUGCUCAAGAAAAAGUUGCCGGUUAGUAUUUUGGCGCAUGCAAGUUACAAUGGACAAAGGUGAAAAGCAAUUGCAAAAUAAAAGACAAAACAUAAAAAGCGAAAUACUUUGACAAAAAAUUUUAGCACAUGUAACAAAAUGCACAUAAAUUAAGCUGUAGAACAACUUAUUGUAUAGGAAGGUUAAUGCAAAGAUGCAAAGCAGCAUUCAAUCUCGAUUAGAGACAAAGCGACGCCCUCCUACCAUUCUCUCCGCUAAUUAAAUAUCAGAAUGUAAAUUUUAGACUGAAAAAAGUAGCAAGGUGUAAGGCGAAGAAAGUGAAUAAUUUAAAUAGUAUUGAAAAGAGGUGUUUCCUGUUUUGGGGAGCAAAUUAGCAUCGGGGUUUAGUAACCGAGGCGAAAAAAAAAGAAGAAGGAAAAGACUAAAUUAGCUAAUUUUGGUAAGAUCUCCUUAAGCGUGUAUUAUUUUUGGCUGUUCUUCCUGUGACUUCUUAAUAAAUAGCUUGCCGUCCAAAGUCCCGGCACUAUGCCAAUGAUUAUCUUUCUUAAAUUUUCUAACUUUCGCAAACAACUUGCGCCUUAAAUAUGUAAGAUUUUUAUUGAUAUAUACCACGUUUGUAGGAUGAAAAUACUGAUUUAAACUCACUGACUUUAGAUGUUUCCUAGCUUUGUACAGCUCAGUUUUCUUCUUAUGUGAUUUAAACCGAACAAUAAUAGGUUUGGGGCCGUUGCUGUUCCGAGGUCCCAUUCGGUGACAAAUGUCGAUAUCAGAGGGAGAUAUGCGCACGUUGGCGACUUUUCCAAGCUUAACAACAUUGUCAGCGAUAUCUUCGUCUGCAGUUUCGGCGAUUCCAUGAAUCUCUAAGUUGUGUUUUCUUGUAUACUGUUCCACGUCAUCUACUUGGGUUAUCACCGUUCCAAGAUCUUCGUAGAGGAUGUCAACAUCUGCUCUUACCUCGCUGAGAGAUUUUUCGAGCGACGACACUUUCUCUUUAAGCUCUUUAUUUUCUUUUUUGAGAGACGUCAGUUCGGCAUUAUUGAAGUCUAAAGAUUCCUUUAAUUCUUCAUAUUGCCUUCUCAUAGCACGGUUUUCUUCCAAUAGUUCGUCUGUGUUCCUACGGAUCUUGUUUAGGACUAUCCAAACGUUACUAUCGUUCUCGUUGUUGCUUAACUCUUCAAGAGUCUGCUUCGCCGACUUGGUUGGAGGUACCUCGAGUGAGCUUCCGCUACUAAACCUUUCAUCACGUUUUCUUCGUACGACAAAAGGUGUAUUACUGCUUUCCUCACUUUCUUUUCUUGACAUUUUAGGGCGGAGAGAAUAACGUUCUCGGACUACUCGAAAACACGUCCGCACAUCAUGCGAGUCUUCCCAGUCUCCCCUAAUUAAUGCUUACGGCGAUUGUGCUUUUCUAUGCAUGAUAAUAGUGAUAUAAAUACAAGAACGUCGUUUUCAAUAGCAAGACGUAUUUUUUAAAUGGUCCGAUAUAAAAGUAUUUUACAUUGUUGUCGCGCCAUAAACAUUGAUGGCCCAUACGCUUUUUUGUUUAACUGUUUAAAAAAAUUACUGACGGCUGCUCGGUGGAUGUCGACCCCAAGAGAUGAUGAAUAUCAAGAAAUGUUGAGUAUUUUUCCCUAUUUUAUUACAAGUUUUUAAAAACCUCAGGUUAAAACCUCAACCUUGAUCCUUGUAAUCUCUAGGCAAAAUUUGCGAGCAAUCAUUUGUUAUAGGUGAAUGCCUGUCUACAUUAUUUGUCGCUUUUCAUUAUUUGAUGAAGGUAAUAAAAUAAAAUCUCUAAAUAUAGAGAGAGCCGAAAUAAUAAUUGCAACAAUCCAUGAAAAUUAAGGUUAAAAUUAAGGUUUUGGGGACACUCUUUUUGGAAAAAAAAAAAACAAACAGACAAUGAAACAAAAAACAAAACAAAAACAAAACAAAACAACGAAACAAAAACAAAAACACAACAAACAACAAAAACAAACAGCAACUUUAAAAUUAAAAAGAAUAUAUCAGGCAGGAGGUGAUAAUGCUCAAAUCACGGAUUUCGCUCAAACUUGGCACAAUUGAUGGGUGUGGUGAGAUAUUAACCUCGACAAAAAAUAAGGUCGCAAUAUUGAAUUCCCUGGGAUUUACAGGGACCCCCCUAAAAACGACAAAAUCUACUCAUUUUUGCAUAAUUAAUUAGCUGACUUUGGUUUGGCUGUUCAACAAGAAGAAAAGACAACUUCAAAUCUAAUCAACUUUAUCAUAUUCUAUGUUUAUCAAACUUAAUGCUCAGUAAUUUAUUUUUACUCUCUAAUUCGAUCUCUUCCUAUUAUUUAGCCUAAAGUAAGGACAUCUUCUCACUGUUUUGACCAAACCCUAAAUUUAAGGAAUUUUAGUGGCUAACAUCUCCCAUGAGCAACAACCUAUGUACUUAAUUCUCACAUAUUCUUUGAAAGACAUCUUUAAGGUUAUUAAAUCAAUCAUAAAAUAUUUGGGCAACCUCAUACUUUAUCAAUAAUGACGUAUUAUGUACAUCUGACUUGACGCUUAUUUGUCAUUUGACCAAAAUUGGAAGAAACGUAACAUUCGCUUUUUUAAACAAAAAUAGCACAAAGUUGACGAGAAGUCACAAAUCAGAUGCGUCAUUGUCGAUACUAAUAGCGGAAUUGUUAGAACGUGUCACCUGAGGCAUGUUUUCUGUGUUAUUUAUGGACGUUUGGAUGGAUAUUUUAUGGAACGCUUGAGUAAACACAAGGAGCAAAAGAGUUAGUUCAAAACUUCGAUCGGUCCAACUUGUAGGUGAAACAAGACCCAGCAAGGAUAAAAGAUAGUGAAUAAAUGUUACAUACACGUCCCUCAGGUGCUUUAGUCCAGAUUUGCUGUUCCAGUGGUUCGUCUGGUCCUUUGUGGCGUUACUUCGUGACGAGGUAAUGAAAUCGAAACGUCUUGAAACAUUGCAGAAUUAAAAGUGUCGGCUUUUCACCGAACAUUCGAAGUCUUUGAAAUAAGUUGUAGUCAGAAAGAGCAAAAUAAUUCUCAAAGGACAAGAAGGAUCACUGACAAUCGGCCUAUAUCUACAGAAAACAACCACCUGCUCGAACACCCUCCAUCUUUGACUUAAGACUCUGCCAAAAAGAUGGAAUCUGUGACGCCGGACUACCGGACUCCGGAAUGCGGAAUACGCUAUCUAUUGUUGUACGCGCCAAUAUCCUGUUAUAACUGGUGUGUUGAAAAUAGGUCGUAAAAGUCGUGUUACUUGAAAUUUUGAGUUUAUUCGAUGUUGACAUUAAUUACCAUGAUAAUAAUGGUCCAUAAUAACCCUUUUUGUAGCCAGACCGUGCCGUGCAAUUUUUAGACAAUUAAUGACUUGCCACUGGGUAUAAUUACUUACUUAGUUGUAUUCGUAAUCCUCGUAGUCUUACAACUAUACAGGUUAUAUUAUUGACUACAAAAAUAUAAUAAUAACCGUUUAUAAACGUGUUGAGGAAAAACCUCUGAGGAAUACAAAAGACCCAAAAGGGGGCACUAAUACAUUGCAAAAAAAGUCGGCUAGACUUCUUUGGCUAUAAGGAAGGCGUAAGAGAACAGUUUCUUGAACACAGACUAAUACACUAUAUUCACUUCUCAUUUAAGCUGUCAUUUACGGAUUCAUACAGUAGAUUAAGUUCUCUUAACGGACACUCUCGUAUAUAGCGAAUAGCUCUACUUACGCCCUCCAUCACAAAAUACCGUUUCAACUCCCACACAAACUCUGGAUUUUUACAUUCCCGUAGGCGGCCGCGGACACUCAAAGGGUUUACCAGCGAAUUAGAUGUUAGCUUUGAUUUAAAGCUCUCCUAAGCAGCCUCUGAAUGUUGUUGUUGUUUUUUUUUUGUUCAUAUCAUGUCCACAGUCAUAUGGCUGUUUGUCACUGUUAUGAAUCAUUAUAUAUCCGUUUCAGAGUUACCGUUUUUUCACAUACUCGUCCGGUUUCACUUGAAAAUACAAACUGAAUUGUAUGCUUUUACGUAAAUUACAACAAGGCAAGAACAUCAGCGUAACCAUACACUAAAAAACAGUUUUUUGCUAUUACCAGUGUUAGUUUGUAGCUGGGAGGAGCUUCCGUAAGCGGCUAUCUAACCUUUACACCACUUUUAAAGUGGCUGAAUUCCACCUGCAUAACUAUGCUGCAUAUGAGAUUCAUUCUUGUAAGCGGCCAGAUCCAGUUAAGGACACCUUUUUCUCGUCCCGAGGGCACCCUCGUACGAGAGCUUCCACUGUAUUACAAUUUUAGGAUUUCUCUUACAUUUUAACAAAUUUUCGCUUAACGAGGCACAGUCGAAACUACGUGCGCUCACCCAACUUAAGUGACCACUUCCCAAUAAGCGAUCACUUAUUCAAAUCAUGCACCAAAUAUAUUAUCAAGUCAAGCGCUUGUAGUUGGAACCUCCUGUAAACGAACACAUCCACAUCCAGUAAGCGACCGCGACCACUCAGUUUACGAUGACAGUCUGAUUGAGAAUUUUCCAUGAUGCGAUGGUCUGAUCUCUGCGUUCCCUGUAUGUCCUAAGCUACUCGGAGUAUGAGAGGAACUUUAGAAACAAACUAGAUUUAUCUAUCGUAUAUUGUAACUUAAAAAUUGCAUGCAGUACAUUCACUCCAAAAAGUAGAUGUGUCCGCACUUUUCCUCGUUAAAGACCUCCUGCAGUUCGACUCUCGUAAAACCCAAAUUUUCCUUGGGCAACCCCAUGGGCAUUAUUUACUGGGUGUCUUCCGACCACGCACGGACCGAAACAUCAAAUGUCUGUAGCUUAAUUGUUGUGUCUGUCCAUAAUUCAACAUCUGCCUGCCUCAGCACGGCACACGGCUUGGCACUAAACUGGUUUUGGUGCCCAAGAGUACGCAAAAAGGCCCUUCCGAGAUCGAUGUCUAGGACGAGAAAAUUGACCUUACCUGGGUAGGGUGAGAAAUUUGAAAUCGAAGUAUUACUGUUGAAGUAACUCUCGGAGGGAAUGUGGGAAGGGUGUUAAACAUAUGGAAACGGUUGUUUGAGAAAAAUAUCUAACUCAAUGUGAAAGUCUGGUGUAUUUUGAAUUCUACUUGGGAACAUUAGUGCCACAGUUAGGCUUUAUAAGACCCCCAAAAGACCGUGCGAGAUAAAAAAAUUCACUGUUUAUGACCGUCAAAUCUGGUGCCAGCAGGGUAGGGCAUUUGUACGCAAUCUUGGACACUCCCCCGGGGAGAAGGGACUCCAGUAUGGAAAAAAAAAUGGAAUUCUUGUCGCAAGCCAAUCUGGACGUGUCUCACGCUUUAUUUGUCUCUUUGAACUGGUCUGCACUAACAUCCGGCUUCACUUCGCUGCUAUUUCACGUGCAACUAAAGUAGAAAAAAUAGUUCUUUCCAAACACGACACAAAACGACUUCUAUCUCCGAGUUUGAGAAGACAUGGGGUCAUUUAUAAUCAUGGUCUGAAUAAAGUUGCCAAUAGAUUUGGAAUUCUAAAUUAUUUAUCAGCAUACAAUAACAAUAAAAUAAUCUCAGAGAAUGUCGGAAAGUCAUUUUGUUCACUGAACUCUGGCUCCUGGCUCCUGGUUCCUGACUCCCGAUACGAUGUUUCCGUAUGGUGGCAACCGCUGCUUAAAAAUGCGGGCUCCAUUUAAUGUCAAAGAUGUCGGACGUUUGCAACAUGUGAAUUGAGCUACAACAGUGGCAGAAAUAAUUCUUUCAAUGGGUUAAGAAUCGGCUUUCUACAUUUCGUAUUGGUUUGUCCUAAAACAACUUGAUUUGGAUUUUGGUGCGUAAACUGAUGGCUAAGGAAUUUUAGUCGUACAGCGAGUCACGACGCUGAACUGUUAAGUUAAGUUCCAGGUGGCUUUUAUGUUUGUUGCACUGGCAUCGUAAAGUUAGCUAAUUAAUUAUGCAUAAACGGGCAAAAUGGCGAUUUUUAUAGGGGGAGCCCGGAUCUCCCAGGGAAUUUAAUAUUUUGACCUGACAUUCUGUCACAUAAGCUAACUGCUGAUACCUAACAUUUGUGCCAAGUUUGAGCGAAAUCGGAGAUUUGAGCAUUAUCACCCCCUGGCUGGUUCUGCCUGGUUUUCUCAUGGACACACUCUUAAAGUUUUUACCUCUUCACAGCAAUUUCGCAGUUAUUGAGUACUAUUUUUUUUCUUAUUUUAUAUUCUCUUGCUUAUUGUUUGCAAAGUGUUGAAUCUUACACAAAAUGCUCAUAUUUAAGCAAUGGAGUAAGUUUAAAAUAACUGCAUUUAGGUAUAGGUCUUGGUAUAGGUAUAGGUAUAGGUAUAGGUAUAGGUAAAUCAUAAAUUUUCAACUGCGUUCCUGUAUACUAAUUUGGUAUAGGUAUACUAAUGAGCGUCUCUCUUAUACAAUACGAACAAUGGGCUUGUCUAGCCAGCCUUGCCCGCUCUAUAUCCAUCUGAUUGGUUGAUGAAGAACCAUUAUGCUUUCAAAAUAAAACUGCGCAGAAGUUGAAGGCGCUAACUUUCUUUUAUAUAUAUAUAUAUAUAUAUAUAUACAAAUACUACAAAUACUACAAAUACUUACAAAUACUUUUUAUUUUAACUAUGAAAAAUAAAAUAUAUAUCUAUAUGGCAAAAAAACAAGCUAAAUUUGUAAAGGAAAAAAAACAAAAAAAAACAAAAAACAAAAUAAAAACAAAACAACAACAACAACAACAACAAAAAAAAACAAACUAAAUUAAAAGGAAAAAGACGCAAACCUGAUAACUGAAACAGUAUAGCAGUAAAGUGUAGCUUGAAGGAAAUGACACUAGCAUUCACGUAUCUAAAGAAGUUUGUCCCAUGUUUUUUUGAAUUGCGAUAAGCGGUUAGAUUUAAAAGCUAUGGUGCGAAGAAUAUCAAAUUUGUUGUUGAGACGCAGUAGAAAACUGUCAAAGUCCAGGACGCCGUUGCGUACGCUUGUAGCAAAAACAUUAUAUUUGGCGACAAUCAAACAGUAAUUAAGCACUUCCCAGUUAUUUGACUCUUUAACUUUUCGUGCCACCAGUUAGAAAAACAAGUCUAAAACGAAGAGGAUACACUACAGGUAAUUAACAUAUUUUUUAGAGAUUGACUUUCAAGGUUGCAUAAAGGACAAACAUCAGUAUCAGUUAUGCGCGCGGAAGAGGCUAGAUUGGGUGGGUAAAAUGUUGUGAAUAAUUUUGACGUGGAACAUGAUCAGUUUUGGUUCUUUCAAGAUUUUGAACGGGAGCAUGUAGAUGUAAGGAAUUUCCUCUUUGGUGAACCCAUGAUCUAGAAUUCUGCCUUCAGCAGUGGGUGCUGAGAGGCUUUUACCAAGUAUGGAAGAAUAGGCUUCUUAUGUGGAAAAAAGCUUCACGGAUGUUUCGCACUUUUCAGAUUCAUCAUGCACGCCUGCUUUGACUCGUAAUGCACUUUUCCAUUCAGUUGGUAUGGCUCUUAAAAGGCCGUAAUAAGUGGUAAAAGGAAAUUCAAAGUUAUGUUUCUCUUUCAUUUCUGAUAAGGUAAGAAAUUUAAGGUUAACAUUUAGAAGGUCUUCGAUGCAACGAAUUCCACUUGUACACCAGGAUUUAAUAUAAAUCGGUUUUCCAUCAAUACAUAUGUUACGGUUAUUGCAAAUUAUUUGUUUUUUUUAUGGAAAUUUGCUUGUCACAGGUUAGUCUUCUGAAGUCAUGCCAGUAAUGAUGCAUUACUUGAUUCAGCAAUACGCUUUAUCCAAGCAAUCUUUAGCGACCACUCCAUGAUUUCAAAGUCAAUCAUUUUUAGGCCCCCAGUGUUUUUCACCAUUGAUAGUCUUUUUCUUAAUUUUGGGAGGCUUACCCUCCCAAAUGAAGCUGCAAAUAAUCUUAUUAAUUCUGUCUAUAAGGGAUUUAGAUACGGUCAGUAACGAACUGCAAUAUAUGAGUUUCGACAAACCUAAUGUCUUGACACUAUUGAUUUUGUCAAUUAAAGUUAGCUUUCUUUUUUUCCAGUUGUUGAUUUUUUUUCCAAAGAACAAACCUUUUCUUCAAAGUUAAGGGUGUUGACUUGCUUUAAGUCAUAGGAAAAGUGUAUACCGAGGGCAUAGACUGGUUCUUGGGGCCAUUUAAAACCAAACGGCUUGUCUUUGCGCGACCUCCAACAUCCUAACCACAACGCUUCGGUUUUGUUUGUAUUAAUUUCGAGACUACUGAUCUGCUUGAAUUUGUCUUAAUGUUGUAGUAAUUGUGUGACAGAAUCAAGAUCUCACACCAAAACGGUGGUAUCGUCUGCGUAUUGAGUUAUCUUAAUUUCCUUCUGAUCGACUUGGAUGCCUUUAAUAGUAUGGUCUUUCUUAAGUACUCUAGCUAAGAGUUCGAUUCCAACAACGAAAAGGAGGCCAGACAGUGGGCAACCUUGUCGAACACCUCGCUCGAGAAGGAAGAAGUUCGAUGCAUGACCAUUGUGCAGUACACAGCUCGAUGCUUGGUUGUAAAUAACUUGAAACCAGUUGAGUAUGUCAGGGCCAAAAUUAAACGUUUGUAAAGCGGCUCUUAAGUAGUUCCAUUCUGUUGUAUCAAACGCUUUUGGAAAGUCGAGAAAUAUGGCAAUACCGGGUUUUUCUUCCUGCUUAGUGUGAGAAACUACAUCUUGAAUUAGCCUAACGUUUUCACCGAUAAAGCGUCCUUUAAUGUAACCAGUUUGGUCAGAGUUUAUGAUUUUAGGAAGGACUUUUUCUAGUCUUUUUGCAAUAGAUUUUGUCAGAAUUUUGUAAUCAACGUUUAGUAGAGAUAUGGGUCGCGGGUUUUCAAGUAAAGUUUUGUCUUUGUUCUUUUUGGGGAUGAGUGAAACAAUUCCGCGCUUUUGGCUGAUAGAUAGUGAACCUUUUUGGAAAGCAUAAUUAAAACUGGCAGUCAUCUCAGUGCCAAGGUCACUCCAGACGAAUUUGUAGAAUUCUGCAGAAAAACCAUGAGUUCCUGGCGUUUUAUUGUUUUUAAACUCUUUUAAGGCAGUUAAGCAUUCUUCUUUUGAAAUCAUGCCUUCACACAGUAUUUGUUCGUUUUCAUCUAGUGGAUCAGUAUUCUCUAAACUGAAUAAAUCAACUUCUAACUUUCAACUAACUUUCUUGCAAUCGCGUUGCAAUCACUUUUGUCACGCUCCGUUAAAAACAGUUAAUUACGCGAGUUCUUUAAAAAGAACGGUGCCGACAUUUGCAUGCAAAUUGGCUCUGCAAUAAAACUAAAAACACAAACAAGAAAUAACUUAAAUAGGAUCAAUUGGAACACUCUACUAAUAAAUGCUUGCAAUAAAACUAGACACAAGAUACCGUUUUAACUUUAUUAGAAACCAAUAAUGUUGCAAAAAGAAUAAAAUACACAGCGAUUUAAAACGAACCUAUUAUCAUUGUCAUUUUCUUUUUUUCCUCUUCCUCCUCCUCAAUUUAAUUAUUUUCCCUCCUCCUCUUCGUUUUUUUAUAUUCUUCCCUCCACCUACACUACGACCCUAUAGGACCCUUCAUCGACCCUUCAUCGACCCUACGUCGACCCUACACUCCUUUUUUUUUUUUUCAACACAGCUUCGUGAAUAGUGAAACUAUAUACCACCCCCAUACUUCUAUUGUUUUCCCUCCACCAGAACCACAUUUCUAUUGUUUUAACUCCACCAACACCCCCAACACAUUUCUAUUGUUUUCCUGUUUUCCCUUCUCCACCACCACCACCACAUUUCUAUAAUUUCGCAUAUUUUUAUCCUUCUAUUUUCAAGCGCAAUGUAGUGACCCUGGGUCACCAGUCCACGGAAGAAGGCGGGGAAACAUUUUCAGACACAACUCAUGGGUGCAGUUUCUCUGUGAUGUUCAUUAUAUGCUUCAUGGUGAAGAAUGGAUCCAGUGUAUUGAUGGUUCAUGGAGUGCUUUACUACCUAAAUGCAUUGGUAAGCCUGCAACUUUAGAUGGAAUGUUUUUUCACAGACCUUUGUCAGUUUUUUUUCAAUCGUCUGUCCUUUCAUAACAAUAGGGACGAACUUUAAACAAUGACUGCGGAAUGAUCUGGUACGGUGAACGGAAGUAAUUUUUCUCCAGCCACCCGUCAAUGGCUCAAGUAGGGAGUCUAAAAUAUAACGACGGUUGGGCAGCUGUAAGUGAAAUCGCGUUCUUUAAAUCUCUAUAGCGAUUAUUCCAACCCAGUUCUUUUGACAAUUGUAGGCGAAAUAUAUCUGCUGUAGUUGAAAUCGUGCAGCGACAAAGAAAUGUCCAAAAAAAAAAAUACUAAAAAAGUGCGAUCUGUGGGCAAUUUAAGGAUUUUCUUGUUUUGCCAACUCUAUUCACUUACCCCUUAUUUUAUUUACCGUAAACGGUAUUUUCUCUAUUUGAAUGUAUUUUUCGCUUGACCGCCAUCCCUGACACGGAAUUUGGGCCCAUGAUAAAAAAAUAAGCCUUCUUAUUUUUCCAAGGAUGACCUAAAAAGAAUAAACUGCGUAGUAACUCUCAUUCAAAUUUACACUAGCGUUCUAAUCUUCAAAAAACGCAGCUGACAACUUAACGUACUCGACUCCACUGUCCGCCAAGUAGAUUCAGGAAACGUAGUACGGCAAGAAAAUAAGUUCAAUUGGCAAAUCAACAGCUUUGCACUUCUGCGUUCAUAUUAUUAUUCUAUUUCGUCACCACUGCCACAGGGAUCCCAUGAGAUUGUAGUACGCAUGCGCACGUCAGUGCUUUCGCUUGCGCGUUCAGGAAAGAAGCAAAAAUGUUUCUCGAGCGUUUAUCUACAAUUAUAUCGUCCAUUUCUACCUUUUUCACGUCAAAUUCACAAGAAUACUGUUUAUUGAACCUUAUCAAAAUCUACACAAUGGCAGAAGAUCGAAUAGCAGAUGGUUCUCCCGGCCACAUGAGCCGACCCGAAGCUGAUGCAACACCGUUGACAGGACUCUUGCAAGGACUCCAAGCUUCAAUAGCACAGCUCACUCAAGCCUCGCUAUCCCAGACGGAAGCCUUCAAGAACCUUAAAGAAGAUCUCCUUUUAUUACCUGACUCACAAGACGAACGUUCAGAUGAAGAGGAGCCAAACCACGACGCCGUUGACCCAACGGCCGCCGUGAAUGCCUUGCUCGACACCAACAAAGGCGCCCACGUGGCAAAGUCGGCCGAUGGCUAAGAUCAACGCUCCACGACAGAGCAGGAUGUUAUUGAUAGCCUGACUCAGGCUUUAAAAUCCAAACCAAAGAAAUCUCCACCCAUUGACGCCAAAAUCGCAUCUUUCGUCGAUGACAUUUUGACCGGAGAUUUGUCCGCCGACAUGGCGAGGGAGAAAGGAGAGAAGUAUCCUCCUCCUGAAAAUUGCAAACACAAUCAAGCUAUUACUAUUAACGAGGAAGUUUGGGACCUCAUGUCUAGAAAGAACAAGUCGAUAGACUUAGCGUACAGGAGGUACAAGAGCCACUCGUCGAGGGCUUAUCGGCGCUGGCAAUUUUGUCAGACCGCCUAGUGAAAGACGUCCAGUCUUCCAAGACUACAAACACCCCGUGAAAUUUUAAACCAAGUUAUGGACGCAAUUGCCAUACUUGGGAAUGCCAAUUGGAGGCUAAACAUGAAAAGGCGAGAGAUUAUUAAGCCUGAAUUAAACCCGCCUUACACAAGGCUUUGUAAAGAGGAAAUAAAACCCUCGCAAAAACUCUUUGGAGAUGACCUAUCAAAGCAUCCCAAAGAGAUGACAGACGCCAAACGCGCUGGGCAGCAGAUGCAAAAAAGUAGCCAGUCUAGUAAAAGCUACAAGCAAAAAGGCCACCGAUCCAAGCCUUAUGAUAGACCAUCAACCAGCUCCACCCGUACUUGGCAAGGAUACAGCCAGAAGAACUACAAGCGUCCUUUUUUAGGAUACGGCAGGGCAUCAACUCAAACCAACCAGAAGAACAACAACAACCAGAAAACACAGUAACACAGCAGGUGAUUGAUGUUAAUUGUAAUGUCUCGAAAACCAACAUCUAUAAAGAUGACCUACAGGAAAAAUGCUUACAUUUUCAGGCAGGUCAGGUGAGAAACUACUCACAACACUGGGAGUUAUUGACCAAUGCCCCAGUGAUCUUGGAUGCCAUAAAACAUUAUCAUAUUGAGUUUGAGCUGGAUGAUCCCAUCCAAAAUAAAGAGCCACACAAUAUUCGUUGCUCCUCAAAUGAGAGAAACAUAAUAAGUAUGGAAAUCUCCAAACUUCUCUCCAAAGGGGUACUGGAACUAACACACAGAUCACCUGGUGACAUCAUAUCCAAUAUUUUUUGUAAGACCCAAAAAGGAUGGCUCUUACAGAAUGAUUCUAAACCUAAAGCCACUCAAUGAGUUUGUGGAUUAUCACCACUUUAAGAUGGAUACCUUUCAAACGGCGCUCAAAAUCAUACAACCAGGAUGCUUUAUGGCAUCCGUAGAUCUCAAAGAUGCAUAUUAUUCCAUACCAGUGCACCCAGAACAUAGGAAAUAUCUUAUGCUCGAAUGGGAGGGCUAAUACUACCAGUUCACUUGCCUCCCUAAUGGGUUGUCUUCUGCCCCCCGAGUUUUUACCAAAAUACUCAAACCAUUCUAUUCACAUCUGAGAUCCAUAGGUCAUAUGUGUAUGGGACAUAUUGAUGACUCACUUCUUGUGGCAUAUAGUCUUGGUUCUUGCCGCAAGAAAAUUUAUGAUACUGUCAAUUUAUUUACUCUGUUGGGGUUUACCAUUCACCCAGUUAAAUCCGUUUUGGAGCCAACACAAACCAUACAAUUUCUUGGAUUUGUAAUUAAUAGUGUGGCAAUGACUGUUAAGCUUCCUCCAAGUAAGGCAGCAAAAGUUAAAUCAGCAUGCCAAAAUUUAGUGUUAAACUGCAACCCCACAAUAAGGGAGGUUGCGCAAGUAAUAGGAUUAUAUGUAUCCAGUUUUGCUGCAGUACAGUAUUCCCAACUACACUACAGAACCUUAGAAUCUGAAAAAAUCCAUGCCCUGAAAGUCAACGCAGGGAAUUAUGAAUCUACCAUGACCCUAUCUCAAAUGGCCAAGACAGAGUUAAGAUGGUGGAUAGAAAACAUUGAUAUGGCAUCUAGACCACUAAUGUUCGGUAAUCCAGACAUCACUAUUACAACUGAUGCCUCAAACUUAGGUUGGGCCGCUGUCUGUAAUGGGACUAAAACUGGAGGACCCUGGGGUAAAGAUGAAGCAGACUUUCACAUCAACUACUUAGAGAUGAAGGCAGUACUUCUAGGCCUAAAAUCCCUUUGCAAUAAUACUACAGGGAAACACAUUAGAGUCCAGUCUGACAACACUACUACUGUCUCAUAUAUCAAUGAAAUGGGAGGAAUAAAAUCUGUCUUGUGCAAUGAUAUGGCUCAAACCAUAUGGGCAUGGUGUAUUGAUUCUAAUAUAUGUUUAAGUGCUUAUCAUAUUCCAGCUUCUCAAAAUACUGAUGCUGACAAGCAAUCAAAGAUAUUCAAUGUAUCAACUGAGUGGUCCCUAUGCACUCAGGUUUUUGAAGACAUUCAAAAACUUUGGGGCAAAUCUGAUGUAGACUUAUUUGCGUCAAGACUUAACUUCAAAAUCCCUAGUUAUGUCUCUUGGCGACCAGACGCCAAUGCCAUGUUUGUCAACGCUCUGUAAAAACUUGCAAGAGGUGACAGGCCGCACAUCUUCACCGGCGUGAAACCUUUAAAACCUUUUAUACAUUACUCCAUUGAGGAGACCUGUUUCAGGGAUGUGACAGUUUAAAAUUGUAACAUCCAUUAGGAAAAUUGUGUAAGUGGAGCAGAACCUUUUAAAUGUUCAGCAGACAAUUUAUUCAGUUCGCGCGUAUUCCUGUUGAAUUUGUAGCCCGUUUAUGAGAUAUGUCUACUCAAAAAUAUAAUAAUUUUUCCAUAGCUGCUGUUAUCUGAGAGUAACUGCUUUUAAUAUCUCCGUAAAGUUUAGGUUUACGCGAUCUCAGAGAACAAUGUUUAGCUGUACACAGCACGUAGUCUUUGUACAAAAUAUAUCCAGAUCUGACACUGGUUUUGGGUAUUUAUCACGUCUAGGCAUGAUUUAAAUACAUUAUGAUGCUGUGUCCUUUGAAUGUCGUCUUAAAACUCAAUCGCUUUGUAAAUGUCACUUGUAGUUUUAAUAUCGCAGGAGAGUAUUUUAAAGCUCAAUAUUUUUCAAUACCAUAAACAUGCUGUUUUUUUACCAAUCAAUUGACUGGCUUCUUUGUGCCACUACAUAAUGUGUGUAGUUAAAUAUAAGUUUACAAGCAAGACCGGCGGUUUCGAAUCUUACGAUUCUCAUCAGUUGCUAUGUGGUGGGAUGGUUGAGGUGAACUCUGAACCAUUCCGUAUUGCUUGAUUUAGUAAGCGUUUAUAUAUCCACCCUGGUUUGUUUGGAGGAUCGAAAAUGGUGCGGUUUGAUUGGUUCCUUGCAAAAAACCAAUCAGGUUGCUGUAAGUUCGAUCCGUGUUUUCUCAAAGCUAGGUUGUGUUUUUAUAAAGGUUUCAAUUUGAAAAAUAGGAGUCUUGCCUUGCUUUUUUGUAAAGUAUAAAAACAUCUUGUUAAAAUGUUUAUGAUGUAUAAGUGUUCCUCAAAAUGGCGAGGGACUAUGUUGUAUAUUUUCGUUUCAAUUUAAAGCAAGGCUUGCGUUGACUAUACAGUUGUGUACUGUACAGAAUGUAGACAAGAUUAUUUUUUACUGGCACAGCAUGGCACCGUAUGGCGUGAGUAACUGUAACGGAUGACAGACUGCACAUGUAUAACGACGUGAAACCUUGAGUUAGCCUUUAGUGUUUUGUCAUUUGUAAGUUAGAGCUCUGAGUUGUUUUUAUAAAAAGGUUGAAAUAAUAGAUUUUGGGACUCUGUCAAACCUUUGAUUCAAAUAUAGAAUUUUUCAUGAAAACAAACAAUUUCUUAGUUCGUUCGAAAUGUCUUGUUUCAUUUGUUUUCAUUUAAAGGUUGACUUUUCUGUACAGUGGGGCCAUUUUGAAUUCGAAAGGCGGGAAUACAAGAAACAGAGGCGAGAGCUCUAUUGCGCAUGUCUUGCGGUUUUUGCGCUCUGUCUGUCACAAUAGCGAGCAAUCCUAUUAUCUCCAGGUUUAUGAAAGGAAUUUUCAAAAUCAACCCGCCUACACCUCGUUACAAGACAACAUGGGACCCUCAUAUUGUUUUGAAUUACCUCUCAUCCCUUGGUACAGGGGACAAAUUGACAUUGAAACUACUGUCAAUGAAACUGCUUAUGCUAACUUCAUUGGUCUCAGCUCAAAGAGGACAAAGUCUCCACAUGUUGGAUAUCCGGUUUAUGAAGGAAUACCUGAGGAGGACUAAGCCUCUAAGAGGAGACAGCACAAAGCUUUUGAUAAGCUUUAUGAAACCCCACAAGCAUAUGUCAAAGGAACUCUGUCCCGCUGGAUUAAAACUGUGAUGGAAGCAGCUGGAAUAUAUACUAGUAUUUUCCAUCCCCACAGCACAAGGGCAGCUGCCACAUCAAAAGCAAAAGAAGCAUGUGUACCCAUUCAGUAAAUCCUGGACACUGCAUGCUGGUCAUCAUCAAAAACAUUUGACAGAUUUUAUAACAAGCCUGCAUCUAAUGAACUUACGUUUGCUAACUCACUUUUAGAAAAGGAUUAGGAGAAUCUUUACGGUGAACUAUGUUUAUUCUGUUAUACUUUAAGCUACUUUUGAACCCUUAUAUUAUGGGAGUUAUUAUCCAGCCAUAGGUAUUUACACAAGUUGUGUUUUACAAGUUGAUAACGGUUACAUGGACCCUCUAAUAAACCUUUCAUUGUUACCUCAUGUGAUUGCCUUGCUUUAAAAUCUCAUGGGAUUCCCUGUGGCAACCUUGACGAAAUACAAUUUAAAAAUUAAACGAGACUUACCUGGAAGUUGAAGUGUGAUUGUAAUUCUAUUGAGUCACACACUGCCAUAGAGGGAUCACAUGCCCUUCCCAUCAACACCAUUCAGGUGUUGUCUCACCCUACCCAUGUGUUAUCUAGGAACUUGCUGUAGCUGUACCCGUAUACUAUAGGCAAUCACAUUUCGUGCUUCAAAUACUGACGUGCGCAUGCGUACUGCAAUCUCCUGUGAUCCCUCUAUGGCAGUGUGUAUCUCAAUAGAAUUACAAUCACACUUUAACUUUCAGGUAAGUCUCGUUUAAUUUUUAAAUUUUGCUGCACUUUUUCGCCAUCACACCACGAACUCGACGUUAAAUGCCUAUUUUCACGUUUUGAUGGAGGACGUAAAAAACGACGACGAGUAAUUUGCCAUUUCUGAACUAAAAACCUGGAAAUGACUUCGCCUACAUUUGACAAAGUAAGCGAGGUCAUUAGAAAAAGGCCAAACAUAUUUUGUUUUUCUUGAUUCUGCAGGUAUCUGUGGAAGACCGCGUACUUUACACGGAGUAAGAUUACAUGGAAACAGUUAUCUCGAUGGAGACAUGGUUACAUUUUCCUGUGAUAAAAAUCUUGAUUUGUUUGGAAAAGCCGAACUGCGUUGUGUUCGCCGAACAUGGAAUUCUCCUGUACCAGAGUGUAAAGGUGAGUGCUCCUUUCAACUGAUGCCUUGUAAAAAGCAAACUCAGCCUUACUAUAGACAUUAAUAACAAAACAGUGAAGAGAAAAGCGACUUUAGGUUUCCUGAUAUUUCUUCAGGGGAUUUAAUGAACUAUCGGAAAGUGGUUAUUCAAUUCAUGCCUAGUCAUAUCCUUAAGUAAGGGCUCUAUUCUAUAAUUUUGCUGUGUUGUUCUCCCCCUUGCUCUUCUUCAAUCACUGAUAAAGAAUAGUGGUUUCAGAUAACUUCUUCAGAGACAUAGAAGCAAACAAAAGCAAAAUCUGGUUAAAAAUGAGCGGCAUGCAGACUCAUGCAUGUUAAGGCAUGGCCUGAGGCUAAUUUGCUUAAAAUCUUAUAAUGGUCAUAACUUUGUGAAAAUUUAUCAGAACCGUCCAAAAUUUGGCAACCUCGGAAAAAUCGGUAAUCUUAAUUUUCCUGUAACGUAAUAAAUCAGAUAUUUGUGUCACGUGACCUCUUAUGGUCGAGUCCAGGAAAGAAAAGAAAACUAAAAAUGGGGUGGGGAGAUGCCACACAGUAUAUAUUAAAUACAGUAUUUUUGGUAUUGUAUCAUCAUUUCUCACUUGAAUCUGGCCGGAAUGGUUGAUUCACGUUUUUUAUUUAAUAAGUAAUUAAGCAAAAUAGGACACGUUACACUUUUCACCUGUUAAUAUUAUUUUAAGAAAUUAAAAUUCUCUCCUACCCCAUUUUGAAUAUCAUUAUGACGUCACGUUUCACGUGACUACAUCACUUCAACCCUAAUUAAUUCAACGCCUCGAAAGAAAGUUUCUCGAAAGUUUGUUGCAAAUUUUAGAAUUAAAAUGCAUGGUCAUAGAAGAAAAACAGCUUUAUCUUCGCGGGGGGUCGAGACCAUAAAUUGAACCAUGCCUCAAAAUGCUUGAGGACCAGAAUUGUGAGGAUUUGCAGUUGAUUAUAAAAGCAUUUUAUCCAAUUUUAUUUCCUUAUAAAUGCCAGCUCAGGAUUAUCGCUGUUUUUCGCAUAAAUUAAAAAAACACUGUUCCUUUCUGUAGCCCGCUGCACGUGGAGCGGGUACUUAAUUAGAGAACUAAAAAUAUGGAUCUGGGCUCACUUAUAGAAAUCACUUAUGCAAAUAACAACCGAAGAAUCGAUUUAAGGGACGGAGUUCGGUGGAAUUGGAAAAAAAAGUGCAGUAUUUGAAAGCUGUUUACAAAAUCGGGAUUAAGGCAAAACGUACGCACUCAAAGUAUUUCUGUGGAAAUCGGCUCAGUAUUUUAGAUCAAAUUUGCCACUUUCAUGAACUGGAGGUCGCUCUUGAGUUUAGAGAAGACCGCUACAGGUCCAGAUCAGCUUCCUUUCUGGAUAUGGAAGGACCAUGCCGAAAUUCUUACUCCAGUAGUAACAAAACUGUAGAACCUGUCCGUUGACAUGGCCGAGUUCGUGGAAGAGUGCCAACAUAAACCCUCUUCACAAGGUCGAAAUUCCCAAGGACAAUGCCGACUUUAGAGGAAUAAAUAUAACUCCGGUUAUUGCAAGAGCAUUCGGAAAGGUUGUUUAUAAGUCGUAAGAUAAGAACAUUAUCGAGAGCAGCUUUUUUUAUAAGCUCCACACAGUUUGCUUAGAGGAAAGGUGGCAGCUGUACUGACGCUCUGUUAACUAUGCAACAUCACAUUUUUUUCAUCAAAAGGGAUGCAAUGCAGUAAGGGCGUUUGCAAUGGACUUAUAGUACGUAUAGUAAGGCCUUUGACACUGUUAAACAAGAUCUGUUAUUUUACAAACUUAAACUCCCACCGCUUUACGUGUAUCAAGUUUUAAAUUGGUAUUUAAGCUUUCUCACUAAUAGUGGGGUUAAGGCACCACGCAAGGAAGCGUUACGGUUCCUAUUUAUUUAAUAUGUUUAUACACGAUCUGCAAGCAGAUCCUGAGUCCGACUCCGCCUGGUUCAACGGUAUGCAGAUGAUUCCACUCUAAUUAUCCCUGUUUGGAAAGAAAGUCAUACAGUCGAGCCUCUCGGUACGGACACAUCUUUAUUAGGGGCAGUUUCAGUGAGAUAAAGACUAUUCCUUCCUUCCUUCCUUCCUUCCUUACUUACUUACUUACUUGAUGAAACUACUCACUAUAGAAGUGUAUUGACAAGCUGUAUUCUCUUACGUUAGGCAGAUGUACUUUCGAUGGAACUCCACUAAAUGGCAAGACACUCAACAAAUUUUUAGUCAAAGGGGCUACCCUUCAACAUAACAGCAUUGUGGAGUACUCUUGUGACUCAUCUUAUAAAUUGACUGGAUCGAAAGUUCUGCGCUGCAAAGAUGGGCGAUGGAAUGCAACCACUCCUUCCUGCAAAGGUAUCUUAUUAUUUAUGACCAACCCAAAGAACAAGAGAAUGUUACAUUUCGAAUCGUUGAAAGAGGAAUAAAUUUAAGUAUCUGGUAUGUUUCAUUUCCAUUUUUCAUAUUUUCCCAGUUUUUUACUGUUUUAGAUUAUGACUGCUAUCAGUAAUUAUACUACCGCCUUUCCUGAGCAUAUGAUUACGUAUCACCAUUGAUUUAACAAACCUCUUCUUUUUUAGCCUCAUGUGGCAAUCCCAGGCUCAUAGAUCGUGGAGGAAGAACUGGAACGGACUUCUCUCAUGGUCAGAUAGUUACAUAUCAUUGUAUGCAGGGAUACAGUUUAGAAGGCUCUCAAAAACUGACGUGUGUCAAUGGUCGUUGGGAUUUUGCUCCACCGCAAUGCAAAGGUGACUGUUAAUUCCAUUUCCCAAACAACGUCUGUGGUGUAUACGACCUAUUUACAGCAACAGACAUUUUUUCCUAUUAAAACUCAUCUUUAGCCGUUGAUGUCUUAUAGUGUUAUACUUUUAAUUCAUACACAAAAAGAAAUUUGAUGGUUUCCUCGUGAUGCAAAAUCUGUUGUGCUGUGUUAAUACGCUGUUACAGGUUAUUGAUAACAGUUUUUUUUUUCUUCAUUAGCAUCUUGUGUUCCCUUGCAAGCACCCCGUGAUGGGAAAAUUCAAAAUAAUGAUAUCAAACAUGGUGCUUUAGUCUCAUUUUCCUGCAUUGACGGUUUUCAAACGAAUGGCUCAAGAAUCCUCAAGUGCAUCAAUGGAAAAUGGAAUGGCAGCGCUCCCACGUGCAAA